CAACGACCCACCUUUCGCUCGCUUCAUCACUAACACAACCCUGACAAGUGAAAUUCCUCCACUCAGCCAGUCCAACCUCUCUCCCCUUCCCCCCUCUCACCUACCACAACCACAAUAAACCACCACCACCACCACUCACAACGAACUCUCUGAGAUAACAACUCAUUUCCUCCUGAGCAGAAGAUACCUUACCUCUACCAACCCCAUCAGCUAAACAUCUUCUUCAUCUUAAUCAUCUCAGCCUCAUCCGUUGCCUCACUCUUUACACGUCGUCAGCUUCUAACUGCUACGCUGAUACUCUUCCUUCCCCUCCAUCGCUCCUUCUCAACGAGCUUAAGAUAACUUAAAACUCUCGUCAUCAUGAAUCCCGAAUACGAUUAUCUCUUUAAGCUCCUUCUCAUCGGUGACUCAGGAGUCGGAAAGUCCUGUCUGUUGCUUAGGUUCGCCGAUGAUACUUACACCGAGAGCUACAUCUCCACCAUUGGUGUCGACUUCAAAAUUCGUACCGUCGAACUUGAGGCCAAGACCGUGAAACUUCAAAUUUGGGAUACCGCCGGACAGGAACGUUUCAGAACCAUCACUUCCUCCUACUACAGAGGAGCUCACGGAAUCUGUGUUGUGUUUGAUGUGACCGAUAUGGACUCGUUCAACAACGUUAAGCAGUGGCUGCAGGAGAUCGAUCGUUAUGCCACUGAAGGUGUCAACAAACUCCUCGUUGGGAACAAGAGUGAUAUCGCAGAUAAGAAAGUCGUCGAGUACACUGUGGCUAAGGAAUUUGCGGACAGUCUCGGAAUCCCAUUUUUGGAGACCUCGGCAAAGAAUGCUACCAAUGUCGAGCAGGCUUUCCUAACGAUGGCUAGACAGAUCAAGGAACGCAUGGGAUCUACUACUGUCAAUAACAAGCCCACCGUCUCGGUCCAGCAAGGAACAGGUGUCCAGCAGGGAUCUGCCGGUGGAUGUUGUUAAACAAUUACUCUUCUUCGUUUUGCCCACCAGACUAAUUACAACCUCAAAGAUCAAGAAAAAAAAAAGAAAAAAAA